CGCGCCUGCGCCGUGCGUGCGUGCGUGGGCCGCAGAGCCUGCCGGAGGGAGCGCGGCGGCGAUGCCGGAGCUGGCGGUGGAGCGGGUGGUGGUGCACCCGCUGGUGCUGCUCAGCGUCGUCGACCACUUCAACCGGAUCGGCAAGGUGGGCAACCAGAAGCGCGUGGUGGGCGUCCUGCUGGGCUCCUGGCAGAAGAAGGUCCUGGACGUCUCCAACAGCUUCGCCGUGCCCUUCGAUGAAGAUGACAAAGAUGACUCCGUGUGGUUCCUGGACCACGACUACCUGGAGAACAUGUACGGGAUGUUCAAGAAAGUGAACGCCAGGGAGAGAAUUGUGGGAUGGUACCACACUGGCCCCAAGCUCCACAAGAACGAUAUCGCCAUCAACGAGCUCAUGAAGAGAUACUGUUCGAAUUCAGUUUUGGUAAUCAUCGAUGUGAAGCCAAAAGAUUUGGGGCUGCCUACAGAAGCCUACAUCUCCGUGGAAGAGGUUCACGAUGACGGAACACCAACAUCCAAGACUUUCGAACACGUGACCAGUGAGAUUGGAGCUGAGGAAGCUGAGGAAGUUGGGGUGGAGCAUUUGUUACGUGACAUUAAAGACACCACCGUGGGCACUCUCUCGCAGCGCAUCACGAACCAGGUCCACGGCUUGAAGGGUCUGAAUUCGAAGCUGCUCGACAUCCGGAGCUACCUGGAGAAAGUGGCCACAGGCAAGCUUCCCGUUAACCACCAGAUCAUCUACCACCUCCAGGAUGUGUUCAACCUGCUGCCAGAUGUCAACUUGCAAGAGUUUGUGAAGGCCUUCUACCUGAAGACCAACGACCAGAUGGUGGUGGUGUACUUGGCCUCCCUCAUCCGCUCGGUGGUUGCCCUCCACAACCUGAUCAACAACAAGAUUGCCAACAGAGACGCAGAGAAAAAAGAGGGCCAAGAGAAAGAGGAGGCCAAGAAGGAGAGGAAAGACGAGAAGGAGAAAGGGGAGGCCAAGAAGGAGGAGAAGAAGGAGAAGAAGUAGUAGAAUUUUGUAUUUAUACAUUAAAAUCUUGGAAGCUGAA